CAAAGUCAAAGUGAAAAAAAUCGGUUCAGAUUUGACUCGACCCGACCCAAUUCAUUGGCAUUUCUAGAUUGGUUAGGCCUUACCCAUAUACCAGGGAAAAAUUCUACCAAACAAGUGAGAACCAAAAGGAAAACGUCAGUUAACUUAAAAGCUCCUGGCCAUAGCCGAAGGACAGACAAAACAAGGUAGGCACCCAGACUCUGAACUUAUGGUGAGCAUAUUUGGAGUGGGUUCCAUCUUCGCUUACCCUUCCCUUCAGAGCAAACAUCAUUUUUUUGUUCUGUUGUCAAGUUCUCAGUUACAUGACUCUUGUUCAGGGAUGCCAGGGAAAUUAUUUGCUUCUUCUCUCUCGACAUUUGAUUCUGCAACUUCUUGUUUUUGUACUCAUGAUGUUGCAACGUCUGCACCAAAUAUUGUACCAUUCGGCGUAACCUUCUGUAAUAGCCUCCCAUGGAAAGCAAUAAAGAGAUUUGGCACCAUCCAUGUUUCUCCUAAGAAAUGGGCAAUUCAUUCAACUGCACAAAUUGAAAAUUCAGCUCUGAGUAAUGAAGACAGAAAGACAUGGGAAGCUUGCAGGCAAGCUUUGUCUGCAUUUAAUUUCAGCACAGGGGAGGAAGACAAGAUACUUGGAAAGGCAUUUGGCCAUGUCCAUUCACCUUAUUGGGGUGAAGAACGCAAGAAGGAAGUACCAAAACUUGAAGUUGUUAAUGAAAUAUUAGAUUAUCUCAGGAGCCUAACUCUCUCAGAUGAUGAUCUGCACAAGUUGCUCAAGAAAUUUCCCGAAGUUCUCGGAUGCAGUGUUGAACAUGAGUUGAGAACAAAUGUCCAGAUACUGGAAAAAGACUGGGGAAUAAAAGGUAAAUCGCUUAAAAAUCUUCUUCUUCGGAAUCCAAAAGUGUUAGGUUACAAUGUCGAUUGUAAGGGAGAUUGUAUGGCACAAUGCACGCGAUGUUGGGUUAGGUUCUAGCUGUCUGAAAUUAAUUUCAAAUACAUUUCCGUACAAAGAGAGCAUAUAGUGUUCUUAAUUUUUAGGCUACAUGUGCUAUUUGAAUGUAAAUGCAAGCUACCUUUUGGCCCCUGAUAUCUAAUAACCUAAUCUUCAUGUUUGUUGAUGCUUAUUUUCUUUUUACUUUCUUAUACUUUGUCAAAUGGGGAGAAUGGAAAAUUGGGGAAGGGAAAAUGAAAUGAAACAAGUUGUAAAUCAUUUACUACUCUUUUCUUUUCUUUUUCUUUUUUUUCAUUUUUUGUUUUGAAGGCAUUAUUCAUUUGUUAAGUAUUGACCCACUUCUUUGUUCUUACUUGUACCGAACUGUCUUUUAAGGGUAAAAUCCUGAAAAUACAAGAUAGGGAGAUUGGUCAAUGAAAAAUGUGGAGUUAUUCCGACAUUUGUAUUUCAACGUUCAAGUCAAUUC